AUGGCGGAGGAAAAGAAGAGAGAGCUUCGUAUGGUGAUGUUUCCAUGGCUCGCCUACGGUCGCAUAGGACCCUUCAUUGAGCUUGCCAAAAACCUGGCCAGACAUGGUCUGAAAAUUAUCUUUGUCUCAACUCCGCUAAAUAUUAAACGAAUUAAACAGCAAGUAUUGGAUGCCCCGGGGAUAGAUCUGAUGGAGUUGGCAAUGCCCUCCGUGGAGGGACUACCAACAGGCGUAGAGUCCUCCACUGAUUGUGUCAAGAGAGAACACACGCCACUACUACUAUCUCUACUCCCCGUCGCAUUGGACCUUUUUGAGAAGCCCUUCGAAGCGCUGUUGGAACAACUCUCACCAGAUUUUAUGAUGUACGAUGUGCUGCGGUACUGGGUUCGUCGUGUGGCUUCCAAGUUGCCCAAUCCCAUUCCCGCUAUAUUAUGUCACGUCCAAUACAUGUUUGGAUUUGGAAGGGGCGUAUGCGGAGUAUUUGUAGAGGCUCAUGAAGCGGCCAGUGUACCCUGUUGGAUUACUCAUGCGUAA